UGGGCUGUUUUUGGCGAGUCUGCGGUGAGCCGAGGAAAGGCUCUGUGUGAGGUUUGGAUUACUGAUGUCAGAUACGAUAUCCUGACUGGAACAUGAUGCCUGGGUUCAGGAUGUGGCUGUGCCUUAUUGUACUGGCGUGCAUGAGGAUUCAGCACUCGCAUGGAUGGUUCUGGUAUGGUUCUGAAGGGAAGGGCACACAGACGCCAGUCAACCUGACUACUAUAAACACCACAUCACCAUCAAGGACAGAAGCACCACCUAGUACGGCAGGUACAAGUGCUUCUGUGACCGAGGUCCCUAAAGUGGCCGAGAUAUUAGGUAUGUAUGUGAGAUAUGGAGAUGGGUUUGAGGGGUCUGCUAGUGGAUUAUUUAAGUCUGAAUCUUUAAGUAGGUCUGAACUUGCUUCUGGAUCCGGAUCUUCUCAGUUUGAAAGCCAGGAGAGCUAUGUUACACCAACUGACUUGUCGGGCAUUUCAGUUGAGAGUGCUAAUGUGCAAAUGGAGAGCAAAGUGGAUCGGAUGGAUGGACAUAACAGCAGCUUUGUAGGGAGCCAAUUUAACCAAAGCAUUGUUUCUUUAAAAAAUAUCAGCAGUAAUUUACUUGGGGAUAAUUCUUCUAAGCAUGAUAGUUAUAACACAACACAGUAUUCCCUUGAAUACUCUGUCUCAGAUAAUGUACUAACCAAUGAAAGUGACCGAUCUGUAAUAACCCCACGCUGCUUGGAAGUUCAUUCCAAAUUGCCAUUUUGCACCAGAACAGGAGCGAAGAGUUUCGCAGUGCCUAAUUUUCUAAAUCAAAGCAGCGUGGAGGAAGUUAAGGUGGUUUUAAGCGAAUGGGCGUUGCUCUUACGGUCACGCUGCCACCAUAGCUUGGAAUGGUUUUUCUGCUUGCUGUUGAUGCCGCGAUGCGGCCCACCUGGACUGCCGGCCCCAAUGCCCUGUCGCAGUUUUUGCGAGGUCUUGCGUGACAGCUGCUGGACGCUGCUGGAUGAGGGCCGCCUCCCCGUGGAGUGCCAUUCUCUGCCUGAAGAGACCCAUGAUGGGUAUCAGUGCUUGUCAGUUAGUAACCAGAAAGAACAGAACGGUAUAUCACUGUUGCAGUUAAUCGGUGAUCCUCCACCAGAUGGCAUCACUGAAGACUAUGGCCCCGAUAACAGCCUUCGCUACAUGUUCGGGCCGAGCUCCAACGUGGGCCAAUCAGCUGCGGCCCACCUCCCCAACCCGUUCUACCGCGACUUCUCGCUGAUCUUCAACAUAAAACCUACAUCCCCAAAGCCUGGGGUCAUCUUCUCCAUCACCGACCCCUCCCAGGACUUCAUGUAUGUCGGUGUAAAGUUAUCAGAGGUUCAGAACGACAAGCAGGACAUCAUCUUUUACUACACCGAGCCGGACUCGGAAAGCUCAUACGAGGCGGCCAGGUUCCCCGUGCCAUCCAUGCUGAACACCUGGACGAGGUUUUCCAUCAGCAUUCUCAAUGAAAAGGCAUCGCUGUACUUCAAGUGUGACUCGGACCCACAAGUGGUCAACUUCGAGCGGUCCCCAGACGACAUGGACCUGGAUGCUGGGGCCGGAGUGUUUGUUGGUCAUGCCAGUAGAGCAGAUCCUGAUAAGUUUCUGGGUGUAAUCGGGGAUCUCAGGGUGUUGAAAGACCCCGGGGCGGCUCAGCGUCACUGCGAGGAAGAUGAGGAUGACUAUGAUGUGGCAUCAGGUGAUGGACCAAGUGGCUAUGGGGAGACCGAAACAACAUCAGUCCAGGUUACACCGCCAUCCUCUCGACCAAUCCAGCAGCCACCGGUGACCUCUGUAAUACAGCAGACAGGCUCUGUUGAAUUAUCUCGCCGAAUUUCUGGUUCACAUGGUGAUUCUCGAAAAACGUCUGGAUCAUAUGGUGAUUCUCGACAAACUGGUUUACACGGUGGUUCUCGAAAAACAUCUGGUUCAUACGGUGAUUCUCGGCAAGCUGGUUCACAUGGUGAUUCUCGUCAAACAUCUGGUUCAUACGGUGAUUCUCGACAAACUGUUUCACACAGUGGUUCUCGAAAAAAGUCUGGUUCAUACGGUGAUUCUCGACAAACUGUUUCACAUGGUGGAUCUCGACAAACUGGCUCAGACAGUGAUUCUCGACAAACAUCUGGUUCAUACACUGAUUCCCGACAAACUGGCUCACACAGUGAUUCUCGACAAACAUCUGGUGAUUCUGGAAAAACCCACACCUUAGUUGAUAUUAGCAAGCAAAUUUUAGUGUCACAUGAUGUUUCUAGACAAGCUUCAAGCACAGUUGACCACUCUCUGAGAGCUUCAGGCUCAGCUGAUGAUGGCCUGCGGUAUUCUGUGGAGUCCAGAAUCGGUCCUGCAGGUACAGCAGGAUCUGUUGGUGCAAAAGGAGAUAAAGGUGACAGAGGAGAGAAGGGGGCCAAAGGUGACCGGGGCCUUGUGGGACCAAAGGGUGAUUCGGGAUCUGCCUCUGUGUCUGGUGGAGGAUCAAAAGGAGAGAAGGGCGAAUUAGGAGAAAAAGGAAUGAAGGGCAACCCUGGUUUUGGUUAUCCUGGAUCAAAGGGAGACCGUGGCCCCCCUGGACCCCAAGGGCCACCUGGUCCACCAGGGCCCAGUGCAGAGUUAGAGGUGAGAGGUGAUGGAUCAGUAGUGGAGAGGGUGACGGGACCAAGAGGACCACCUGGGCCACCAGGACCCCCGGGACCUACUGGAACUGAUGGGGAACCAGGUGACCCUGGUGAAGAUGGGAAGACGGGCCCUGCUGGACCUACUGGUUUUCCAGGAACUCCGGGGAAUACAGGACCUAAAGGAGAGAAAGGUGACCGAGGUGAUGGUAAUCCAGGACCCCGUGGGCCUCCAGGGCCUCCUGGCCCUCCAGGACCCCCAACUCGCUCUGACAGACCCACAUUUGUGGACAUGGAGGGUUCUGGUUUUGAUGCGGAGGUUAUGCGGGGACCGCCAGGUUUGCAAGGUCCUCCUGGUCCUCCCGGCAUCCCCGGACCCCCUGGCCCCGAAUCUGCAGCGUCUGGUGGUUUCGGGCCUCCUGGUCCACCCGGUCAAAAUGGUGCUCCAGGUCAACCGGGACUUCCAGGUACUCCAGGUGCGGAUGGAAAAUCAGGUUUACCUGGACCAAAAGGAGAAAGGGGUGACGCCGGUGAUCUGGGCUUACCUGGACCUCUGGGAGAGAAGGGUGCCCCAGGUGUUCCUGGUACCCCUGGUCUUCCAGGAGAGGGUGGACUUGCUGGGCUUCCAGGACCAAUGGGACCCGUUGGACCACCGGGACCACCUGGUCCCCCUGGCCCAAGUUAUCGUGUUGGUUUUGAUGACAUGGAAGGCUCUGCUUUUGAAUUUGGUUCAAUUUCUGGCGUAAGAGGACCUACAGGAGUGCGGGGACCUCCUGGUGUGCCAGGACUACCAGGUAAGCCUGGUCUUCCAGGACUUCCUGGUGAGAAAGGCAGCGAAGGACCUCAGGGAAUUGAUGGACGGCCUGGGUUGGAUGGCUUUCCUGGACCACAGGGACCACAGGGGCCCAAAGGAGACCAAGGCCACAGAGGUGAACCUGGUCGAGAUGGGAAUGGUCUUCCUGGUCCACCUGGUCCUCCAGGACCACCUGGCCAGAUUGUUUAUCGGAAUAGUGAACAUUAUGAUGCAACUGAAGAAACAGGGCCUCAGGGAGGGUCUGGUCGUCCAGGUCAAGCAGGUUUCCCUGGCCCAAUGGGACCGAAAGGUGACAGAGGUGAACCUGGAGCACCAGGUUAUGGCAUUAAGGGAGAGAAAGGAGAACCUGGAUAUGUUCUCGGACCUGAUGGAAACCCACUUUACCCUGGUGGAUUGGGAGGCAUUGGCGAGAGAGGAAUUCCUGGACCGGUUGGACCUCCUGGACCAUCUGGACCUCCAGGUCCGAAGGGUGAAUUUGGAAUGCCAGGCAGACCCGGCCGUCCAGGUGUGAAUGGUUAUAAAGGUGAAAAAGGAGAUCCAGGUUCAGGUUCUGGAUAUGGCUAUCCGGGUCAACCUGGUCCUCCAGGUCCUCCCGGUCCCCCUGGACCUGCUGCGCCUUUGGAUAGAUUCGGAUAUGAAGAUUUUGUGAGACAGUAUUCAGCUACGAAAGGAGAGAAAGGAGAACAGGGACAUCCUGGCGUACCUGGGACCCCAGGUUUUGCACCUGAUAUUGACAUCUAUACUCUUAAGAAUGAGAUGAAAGGAGAACGUGGUGAGCCUGGUCCAAGAGGAGAGAAAGGAGAACCAGGCGGUGGAUUUUAUGACCCUCGGUUUGGAGCUAUAGCAGGGCCACCAGGAAUCCCUGGACUUCCUGGACCUAAAGGAGACUCUAUCACAGGCCCACCUGGACCUCAGGGCCCACCUGGACCACCUGGGGUUGGUUAUGAUGGGCGUCAAGGAAACCCAGGACCUCCAGGACCCCCUGGUCCUCCAGGGUCGCCAUCAUUGCCAGGGCCCUACAGACCAUCACUCAGUAUUCCCGGACCCCCAGGUCCGCCCGGCCCUCCUGGAAUCCCCGGACAUGGAACUGGGGUGACUGUGCUCAGGUCUUAUGACAUAAUGCUCGCGACAGCACGCAGACAAACAGAAGGAGCCCUCAUAUAUAUUAUGGACAGAAGUGACCUUUACCUCAGAGUUCAAAAUGGAGUCAGACAAGUGAUGCUUGGAGAUUAUAAACCCUUCUAUGUAGAUCUGGAUAAUGAGGUGGCAGCAGUCGAGCCACCCCCCGUUGUCCCGUACUCCCAGGACCACACAGCGAACAACGGAGCAGAGCAGAUUUCUCCACCACACCAGCCUGUUGAUUUGCCGAGGGAAAACCCGAGUCCACCUGAAACCUUCUACCCAGAACCACAAUAUCCCCCUCUGCCCGACUCUAGAUACCCACCCAACACCGACAGCAGGUACGAUUCCGGCCAAUCACCUAUCAGGUACCCUGAAAGAUACCCAGUGACUCCUCGCCGUCCCAUCCCCCCCGUCAAUCAACCGGAAGGCCACACGCACACAUCUGGACCUGGGUUGCAUCUUAUUGCCCUAAACUCUCCACAAGUGGGCAACAUGAGAGGCAUUCGUGGGGCGGAUUUCAUGUGCUUCCAGCAGGCUCGGGCCGUGGGGCUGAAAGGAACAUUCAGAGCAUUCCUUUCCUCCAAACUCCAAGAUCUCUACAGCAUCGUCCGCAGAUCCGACCGAGACACGCUACCAAUUGUUAAUCUUAAGGAUCAAGUGCUGUUCAGAAGCUGGGAGUCUCUCUUCAGUGAUUCAGAGAGCAGAAUGAAGGACGGUGCUUCCAUUUACUCAUUUGAUGGUAGAGAUGUCCUGAGGGACAGUGCCUGGCCAGAGAAGAUGAUCUGGCACGGGUCUAAUGGCAAGGGUCACCGGCAGACGGAUAACUACUGCGAGACAUGGAGGACUGGAGACCGAGCGGUGACAGGCUUGUCCUCAUCUCUGCAGACGGGUCAACUCCUUCAUCAGACACCCAGCAGCUGUUCCAGUUCCUACAUCGUCCUCUGCAUCGAGAACAGCUACAUGUCGCAGUUCAAGAAAUAAAGCCGUCCAAAUGUGUUUUUGCGCUCCACACAUCUGCUUAUACAGGCUCUGAUCUGCCCCAAACAGAUGCUUGUAUCUACAAACGGAAAAGAAUAUAACAAAAUACAUGUUUUAAAGAACUGGGUCUGCCUUAAGAAGAAUUUGCCAGUCAUGUCAGUUCUCCCUCACCAUCAUGCCAAAGAGGCAGAUUGAACGUGGAGGUUUUUGCUCUUUCUCAGGGCAGUGGCACAUAAUUUCAGGGGGUUAAACCAGAGAAGUGAGGCCAAGUGAGGCAGUGUAUCCAUAUCAAAUUUUGUAUAUGAAUUGUUAGUUGUCUGUGUUGUUCCAAUUUUAUUAUGUCUUAAUUGGUAUAGUUAACCAAUUUUAGCUACUUUUGUAACUUUUUCAUUUAUUUGUCCAAACCAUUUCCAUUUUGUCCAAGGUUUGCUGGAUAACAGGAAGGCAAACAUUGAUAGUUUUAGAAUUUAAAAAGAGAAAAUAUUUAUUUUGCAAUGAAGAGAGCUAAAAUAUGAUUUGGAACAGAAACAAAAAUUGAAUUUGUGUUUUUUUUGUUUUUCAUUUUAGUAAGCACUUCUUACAGAAUCUGUCACAGAUUAAAGUGCAAGACUAAAAUAGUUUAAAAAGAGUCACUCAUGUGAAAUGAGUGAUGUGCCUUGAAUAUUGCAAUACUUAUCCCUCAAAUGACUUUUGUACAAAACAAAAUUAUUUUAAUUCUGUCUCAUUUAUAGGAUCACUUUUGUGUUUUUCUAUUGUGAUUAAUGUGAAAUUUCAUAUGACAUUUUUCGUAAUGUCAAUGUUUUACUCCCCUGGUUGAUUCCAGAAUUUUUGAUAAAAGUUGACAUAAGAGGGGAGAGCUUGAGACUUUUAAGACUUUGCACUGUUACUCCAUAACAGUUACAUAUUCCAUAAUUCAUUGCAAGGCAUAAAAAGCUUUUGUUACGUAUGGUGCUUUUCACUUUUGAUAAAACAGCUGCUGACAGUGUUUGGAAAGAUGUAUAGAUGUGUUUUAUAAAGACACUUUAUCUUCAAUUUGUAUGGCAUUUCAGACACCUGAUUCACUAGAGUGCUAUUGAUGUGUUCAGUGCAACCAUGUGGACUUUAACCAGUAUGUGCUGUACAGAGUUUCAGAGGCACUGAAUAAAUCAUUGGUUUUAUAUGCCAUAAUUUCUUUGGCACUGCUUUUUGAGCUUUCCAUGGCAAGUCUACACAUAUCUUAGAUAUUUUGUCUGUUCAUGCACAAUAUUAACAUUUUGGAUGUCAUUCACAAUCCAUCUCAUAUCAUGAAUGUGUUUACUGUUAACACUGUUAUUGUCUGAAAACUGAAAAUAAAGAUAAUUUUCUUCCUCUAA